GUUUGAGGGAAAGGAGGACUCCGUAUUAUAAGUGUUCUGCAGAGUUUUGUCCUGCCAGCCUCCGCUGUUUACUGCAAGCUGUGGACGUGGCCCCUGUAGGUGACCAGGCUGAUAAGAAGGUGCAAGUACUGGAACGCACUUAGGGAGUGGAGAAUCCUGAGGGCCAUUUCUGGCGAGGAUCAAUAAAUCAUGAGACCACUUCUUAUUGCCCUGGUCGCGUUCGCUCUUCUGGAGGUGGUGCUUGGUCGAUCGGGUGCAAUCGCUAUUCACCAAUACCCUAAAAAUCAAUCAUGGCCGAGUGCACUAACGAAUUCAGGCUCGGGCUACAGUUCCAUCAGCAGCAGCAGCAGCGGCAGUGGAGGACUGCCGCUCCAGUCGGGUAGUUCAAGUUUUGGCUUUGGUGGCCUCGGCGGUGCUGGCGGUACUGGCAGCAUUAGCGGAUCACUGCCGGGUAUUUCGCUUAGUUCAGGUCAUCAUGGCGGAAUUGGAGGAGGAUCGGGUUCCGCAAGCAGCUCAGGUUAUGGCGCUGGCGGCGCUGGCGGCCUUGGCGGUUCCGGUGGUGGUGGAAGUGCUGGCGUUUUUGGCGGUGCUGGCGGCGGUAGCGGAUCAUUGACGGGUAGUUCGACUGGUUCAGGUUUAGGCACCGGUGCUUCUGUAGGCGCUGGUGGAUUAGGAUCAGGUGUUUCUUUUGGUGCAGGCCAUGGAGCCCACACUGGAGCAGGGUUGGGUACCUGGGGUACCUCAGGUCACGGUGGCGUAACUGGAGGAUCGGGUUCCGUACUUAGCUCACGCCAUGGCAGCUACGGUGGCUCUGCGGGAGGAGCAUCAGGGGUUUCAAGUAGCUCGGGUUAUGGCACUAGUAGCCUUGGGACUAGCGGCCUUGGCACAAGUGGCCUUGGAGGUACUGGCAGUGCUGGAGGUGCUGGCGGUGCUAGUGGGUCAGUGUCGGGUUCUUCGGGUGGGUUAGUAUUUGGCACCGGGACAUCUGGAGGCGCUGCUGGAUUAGGGUCGGGUGUUCACGGUGGUGCAGGUUCUGGCCACGGUUCCUUCAGCGGCACCGGCAGCGGUAUUGGAGGUCGCCCGACCCAGUCAGGCAGUUUAAGCUAUGGUGGCUCUGCUGGAGGAGUCUCAAGUUCAGGUCAUGGCACUGGUGGCCUCAGCGGUGUUAGCGGCCUUGGCGGAUCAGUGUCGGGUACUUCUGGCGGUUUAGGUUUUGGCUCCGGGGGUUCUGCCGGUGCUGCUGGAUCGGGGUCGAGUGUUUCUGGGGGUGCAGGUUAUGGCACUAGUGGCCUCAGUGGUGCUGGCGGUGUCGGCGGCGUCGGUGGCGUUGGCGGCCUUGGUGGCGUUGGCGGCCUUGGCGGCGUUGGGGGAUCAUCGUCGGGUACUUCGGGUGGUACAGGUUCUGGCCACGGUUCCCUCAGCGGCAGCGGUAUUGCAGGUCGCCCGUUCCAGUCAGGCAGUUCAAGCUAUGGUAGCUCUGCUGGAGGAAUCUCCGGUUCAGGUGAGUGGGACGGCCACCCCUUACAGAAACUGAACAUAGACGCGCGAGGUCUUAAUUAACAUAGAUUUAAAAAU